GCGCCGAUCCCGAAGGGACGGCCCACACCUCCCGCGGGGCGGGGCUGUGAAUUUCGCGUCGAACACCGCCUUCCUGCCCCGCCUUUCGCCGUACCGGCCCGCCCCUCCUUCCUGGAGGCACAGCCGAAGCGGUGGCGGCAGGGACAGAAGCUGAGGCGGCGGUGGUGGCCCGGCAGGGGGGCGCCGAGUGGCCGGCGCGACACGCGCGGACUCGGACCCUAUGAGGUGAUUAGUGCGGCGCAGGCGCCUCCUGCCCCGCCGGCGGGGCCCGGGUUUCCCGCGGCGGGAUGUUCUCCCGAAGGAGCCACGGAGACGUGAGGAAGUCCACCCAGAAGGUGCUGGACCCCAAGAAGGACGUGCUGACGCGCCUGAAGCACCUGCGGGCGCUGCUGGAUAAUGUGGAUGCAAGUGAUCUUAAACAGUUUUUUGAGACCAACUAUUCUCAGAUAUAUUUCAUCUUCUAUGAAAAUUUUAUAACACUGGAAAAUAGUUUGAAAUUAAAAGGGAAUAAUAAGUCACAAAGGGAGGAGCUGGACUCCAUACUCUUUCUUUUUGAAAAAAUACUGCAAUUUCUACCUGAACGAAUUUUCUUUCGAUGGCAUUACCAGAGUAUAGGCUCAACUUUAAAGAAGCUUCUACACACUGGAAAUUCUGUUAAGAUAAGAUGUGAAGGAAUCAGGCUGUUUCUUCUGUGGCUUCAAGCACUUCAGACAAACUGUGCAGAAGAGCAGGUGCUGAUUUUUGCUUGCCUCGUGCCUGGUUUCCCAGCGAUCAUGUCGUCCAGAGGGCCCUGUACACUGGAGACACUCAUCAAUCCUAGCCCUGGUGUGGCUGAUGCAAAGAUAUAUCCAGAAGAAAUCACCCCGCUCCUGCCAGCCAUAUCAGGGGAAAAGAUUGCUGAGGACCAAACAUGCUUUUUUCUUCAAAUAUUGUUGAAAUAUAUGGUUAUUCAGGCUGCAAGCUUGGAGUGGAAGAAUAAGGAGAAUCAAGAUACUGGUUUUAAAUUUCUUUUUACAUUGUUUCGAAAGUAUUAUCUUCCUCAUUUAUUUCCAUCAUUUACUAAGUUAACAAACAUCUACAAACCUGUACUUGACAUCCCUCAUUUGAGACCAAAGCCAGUGUACAUUACUACAACUCGAGACAAUGAAAACAUUUACAGUACAAAAAUUCCAUACAUGGCAGCUCGUGUUGUUUUUAUUAAAUGGAUUGUAACUUUCUUUUUGGAAAAGAAGUAUCUAACUACUACCCAAAACACUAAAAAUGGAGUUGAUGUACUGCCCAAAAUCAUACAGACUGUUGGUGGUGGUGUGGGGCAAGAGAGGGUGCCGGAGCUGGAUGGUGGCUGUCCCACAGAGCAAGACAAAAACCAUUCCAACAGCAGCACCUUGUCGGACCGAAGACUCAGCAACUCCAGCCUUUGUAGCAUUGAAGAAGAGCACCGAACUGUAUAUGAAAUGGUGCAGCGGAUUCUCUUGUCAACGCGAGGUUAUGUCAACUUUGUGAACGAAGUCUUUCGUCAGGCAUUUUUAUUGCCUUCGUGUGACAUCGCUGUAACAAGGAAGGUAGUUCAAGUGUAUAGGAAGUGGAUCCUCCAGGACAAACCUGUGUUCAUGGAAGAACCAGAUAAAAAAGAAGCUGCCCAAGAAGAUGCCGAAAAAUUAGGAUUCUCAGAGACUGACAGCAAAGAGACCUCAUCUGAAGGUUCUCGUCAUAAGCGGUCUUCCAGUUGGGGACGAACAUACUCCUUCACGAGUGCAGUGAGCAGAGGAUGUGUGACAGAAGAAGAAAAUAAGAACGUGAAAGCUGGGGCCCAAGCUAUGCUGCAGGUAUUUUUGACAAAUGCAGCAAAUGUCUUUUUGCUGGAACCAUGUCCUGAAGUUCCCAUGCUCUUGAAAGAACAAGUUGAUGCCUGUAAAGCUGUUUUGAUUAUUUUUAGGCGCAUGAUAAUGGAGCUUACAAUGAAUAAAAAGACAUGGGAACAGAUGUUGCAAAUACUACUCAGGAUAACAGAAGCUGUCAUGCAGAAACCAAAGGAUAAACAAAUAAAGGACUUGUUUGCCCAGAGCUUGGCAGGGUUGCUGUUUAGGACGCUCAUGGUGGCGUGGAUCCGAGCAAACCUCUGUGUGUACAUUUCUCGAGAGCUCUGGGAUGACUUUCUUGGUGUGCUGUCCUCCCUCACGGAAUGGGAAGAACUGAUAAAUGAGUGGGCCAACAUCAUGGAUUCCUUGACAGCAGUGCUUGCAAGAACUGUUUACGGAGUUGAGAUGACAAACCUACCUCUGGACAAACUAAGUGAACAAAAGGAAAAGAAGCAGCGAGGCAAAGGCUGUGUUCUAGAUUCUCAGAAAGGAACUACUGUGGGGAGAUCCUUUUCUCUCAGCUGGCGGAGCCACCCAGAUGUGACCGAGCCAAUGCGAUCCAGGAGUGCCACCACAUCUGGGGCACCAGGAGUUGAGAAAGCAAGAAAUAUCGUUCGUCAGAAAGCAACCGCUAAGCGAAGCCAGUCUAUCAGCAACUGUGUCCACCUUUCUGAGGCUUUGCCUGCCACUAAAAGCGUCCCGCUCCUCCUUCACACCGUGAGCGCUCUCUUACCUGGUCUCUCUUACUCCUCUUGCUCUCACAGGCUGUCAGAGGUGGAAGAAUGUCAGCAGUCAGAAAAUGCACCUGCAGCUGAAUCGGUCUGUCUGGCAGUGGAGCAGCAGCACCUCACGCGGAGUAGCAGCACACCUGACGUCACUGAGCCGCUGUGCUCAGAUUCUCCUCAGGAGUCCAAGGCUAUUCAAGAAAAUAAAGGACAUGUGAAGAAAGAACAUGAAGGAAUAACAAUCUUAGUUCGAAGAAGCAGCAGCCCUGCUGAAUUGGAUUUAAAAGAUGAUUUGCAGCAGACACAAGGAAAAUGUAAGGAAAGACAGAAGAGUGAAAGUAUCAGUAGUGACACAGCUCUGGGCUAUAACAAUGAGGCAGAGCUGUCUAUGAGCCCAUGGCCAACCUGUGAGGAAGACCCAGAACUGAAUACUCCCACAGAUGCUGUGACUGACUCCGAUGCCCGCCAUUGGUUACAGCUGAGUCCCACUGAUGCUUCGAACUUAACAGAUAGCAGUGAGUGCCUUGCCGAUGACUGUAGUAUAAUUGCUGGAGGGAACCUCACUGGUUGGCACCCAGACUCUGCUGCUGUAUUAUGGCGAAGAAUCUUGGGAAUCCUCGGGGACGUGAACAAUAUCCAGUCACCCAAGAUUCAUGCCAAAGUGUUUGGGUAUCUCUAUGAGCUCUGGUACAAACUAGCAAAGAUACGGGAUAAUCUGGCAAUAAGCCUAGAUAACCAGUCUUCUCCUUCUCCACCGGUCCUGAUCCCACCACUCAGAAUGUUUGCAUCAUGGCUAUUUAAGGCGACGAUGUUGCCAAAUGAAUACAAGGAAGGGAAACUGCAAGCCUACAGACUGAUCUGUGCCAUGAUGACCAGACGCCAGGAUGUUCUGCCAAACUCGGACUUCCUGGUGCAUUUUUACCUUGUGAUGCACCUGGGAUUAACCAGCGAGGAUCAGGAUAUCUUAAACACCAUUAUAAGGCACUGUCCACCCCGCUUCUUCUCCCUGGGUUUGCCUGGCUUCUCAAUGUUGGUGGGGGACUUCAUCACAGCCGCUGCCAGGGUCCUUAGUACAGACACGCCGGCGACACCUCAUUCAGAAGCUCUCACCAUUCUUGGUUCUCUAGUCUGCUUUCCAAAUACCUACCGGGAGAUCCCUUUACUGCAGUCUGUGCCGGAAGUCAGGGAAGUCAUCACAGGAACUGAAGAUGUCAAGCAUUACCUCAUAAAUAUUUUACUGAAGAAUGCCACAGAGGAACCAAAUGAAUGUGCAAGGUGCAUUGCCAUUUGCUCCCUCGGAGUCUGGAUAUGCGAAGAACUGGCACAGUGUACAAACCAUCCGCAGCUGAAAGAGGCCGUCAAUGUGAUAGGUGUCACUUUGAAGUUUUCUAACAAAAUCGUGGCUCAGGUGGCCUGUGAUGUUCUUCAGUUGCUGGUUUCCUACUGGGAAAAGCUUCAGAUGUUUGAAACCUCUCUGCCUCGGAAAAUUGCAGAAAUCCUUGUGGCCACAAUUGCUUUUCUUUUACCAAGUGCAGAGUACUCCUCAGUGGAAACAGAUAAAAAGUUUAUUGUGUCCUUGCUACUCUGCCUCUUGGACUGGUGCAUGGCAUUGCCAGUGAGCACCCUCCUCCACCCAGUGUCCACAGCGGCCCUGGAAGAGCAGCACUCGUCGAGAGCCCCUUUGCUGGAUUAUAUCUAUAGGGUUCUGCACUGCUGUGUUUGUGGCUCAAGCACAUACACCCAGCAGAGUCACUACACACUGACCCUGGCUGACCUGUCCUCCCCGGAUUACGACCCUUUCCUGCCACUGGCAAAUGUAAAGAAUUCGGAGCCAGUCCAGUAUCAUUCUUCAGCAGAUUUGGGAAACCUGCUCACAGUUGAAGAGGAGCGGAAAAGGAGGAGUUUGGAGCUGAUCCCCCUGACUGCCCGCAUGGUGAUGGCCCACCUGGUGAACCACCUGGGACACUUCCCGCUGUGUGGGGGCCCCGCCGUGCUGCACAGCCUGGUCAGUGAGAACCAUGACAACGCACACGCCGAGGCCCCCGAGCUGUCUUCCGAGGUGUUCCGGAGCCCAAACCUUCAGCUCUUUGUGCUGAAUGACAGCACCCUCAUCUCCUACCUUCAGACACCCUCAGAAGGGCCAGCAGGUGGCUCACGGGGGGGGGCUUUGUCAGACGUCAGAGUAAUCGUGCGGGAUAUCUCAGGGAAGUACUCUUGGGAUGGGAAUGUUUUGUAUGGACCAUUGGAAGGCUGCUUAGCACCCAGCAGCAGAAAUCCUGCAUUUCUGAUUUCGGGCUGGCAACCUCAAGCUUUGGGAGCUCAGAAGGAUUUUUCUCAAAUUGAGGAGGGAGAUGAUGUCCUCGACAAAUUACUUGAAAACAUUGGCCACACAAGUCCCGAAUGCCUUUUACCAUCACAGCUAAAUCUAAAUGAGCCCUCCCCACCCCCACGGGGAAUGAACCGUGACCAGGAGAAGGAAAUCAUUGAGGUCAUUUUGCGCCAGAAUGCCCAAGAAGACAACUACAUCCAGAGGUGUAACUCUGACUCAGCCAUGAAGAUCACCAGCCAGGAGCAGCCCUCACCAGUAGAGCCACGAGGACCCUUUUAUUUCUGCAGGUUGUUGCUUGAUGACUUGGGGAUGAAUUCUUGGGACAGAAGAAAAAAUUUCCAUCUGUUGAAGAAAAAUUCCAAACUAUUGAGAGAGCUAAAAAAUCUGGACUCCCGUCAGUGCCGUGAAACGCACAAAAUUGCAGUGUUUUACAUUGCUGAAGGUCAAGAAGACAAGUGUUCAAUCCUCUCUAAUGAAAGAGGAAGCCAAGCAUAUGAAGACUUUGUUGCCGGACUUGGAUGGGAGGUGGAUCUCUCAACCCACUGUGGGUUCAUGGGCGGACUUCAACGCAAUGGCAGCACAGGGCAGACUGCCCCUUACUAUGCUACCUCGACUGUGGAAGUGAUUUUCCACGUUUCAACUCGGAUGCCAUCAGACUCAGAUGAUUCACUCACCAAAAAGCUCCGUCACUUGGGGAAUGACGAGGUCCACAUUGUCUGGUCUGAACACUCCAGGGACUACCGCAGGGGAAUUAUCCCGACUGCCUUCGGAGACGUUUCAAUCAUUAUUUACCCAGUGAAGAAUCACAUGUUCUUUAUCGCGAUCACGAAGAAACCCGAGGUUCCAUUUUUUGGGCCUCUGUUUGAUGGAGCCAUAGUGAGUGGAAAGCUGCUGCCAAGCCUUAUAUGUGCCACAUGCAUCAAUGCCAGCAGGGCCGUGAAGUGCCUCAUCCCACUCUACCAGAGCUUCUACGAAGAACGAGCUCUGUACCUCGAAGCAAUAAUUCAGAACCACCGAGAAGUCAUGACGUUUGAGGAUUUUGCCGCCCAAGUCUUUUCUCCCUCACCCAACCCCUCCCUCGGCGGAACGGAUUAAAAUAUGUCAAGAUCUCAUUGCCAUGUUUGAGCAAGGACCCUGGCCGCCAGCCUGAGUGCCUACUCAUGGCACCUCUUGGCAAGGAGGAGAUCAAUGAGACGCCCCCUUCCCCCACCCCGAACCCCCAAACACAGAGACUCCGGGAAACAUGACUGCUCUGCCGGUGUCCUCGACACAUCUUCCCAUUAACAGGCUUCCGAAAUUAAAGGGGAACCCCACCAGAAUGCCGCAGGCUGGAUUUUCUCACCGGGCCGUGUCGUCUUGCCCUAGAACCUCACGAAACUUGAGCUUCCAAAGAAGAAGAGGGGAAGGUCGCCAACAACCAGAGACAGACCCACUCUCGUGGGCAUUGAUGCCACUGCUCCCGGCUGGGAUGACAGGAGAAGAUUCUGGGCUUUAGGGAAGGGGUGGAGAGCAACUGGUUUCUAUACCCUGAGUUGUUUAUAAACCCAAGCAAGAUUCACAGAAGGGCUGGCAAAACAGCUGUUAAACUGAGGAAUUUUCUCUGCAUUGAUUUCACUAGGUCUUAAUGUUAGGAUUUAUGGUUUACUCAAAAAUUUCAUCAUCAUGGAAAUUGGCUUUCCCUAGGGUCUUUGGCCCAGGAGAAGUUUUAUCUGAGUUGCUGAGUGUUUUCCACCUGGUGCCUGAUGCCCACUAACUGGGAAGAGGUUUUUCCAGCCAUCCUGGAGGAAACAGGGUCCUAUCCCUAUGAAAGCACCUGUAGGUCAGGAAGCUUCCAGGGCCCAGCUCAGCACAGCCCCCACAUCAACACACAGGAGCACACCAACACAGAAGCUAGUUUGAGACAGUCCCCCCCACCCUUGUGAUGUCCCUCUGCCUCCAGAAGCUUUGCCCUGCAGUUGUGCUCUCCUGUCCACUGCUGGGGGAGGGCCAUGGCACAAAUGGGGGCUUUCUACCCCUUUGAUUCCAAGAAAGGCAUGUUGAAUCUGUUUAAAAAGAAGAAAAAGAAAUGAAAAGCUCGAACUUCCAGCUGUGCUUGGCCAGCAUCCUUGCUGGGUGUCUGAGGGUGUCAGUGACAGGAACUUCAGUUAGGAAGAGCUCUCUGGCCCUCUGCCUCUCACCUAGGCCUGCAGCCCAUCUCCAGAAGGGAUGGGUGGGCAGCACAUAGAACACAGGCACUAGGAACCCAAGAAAGAUCGGUCCCUGAAAGGGUGCUUCCCUGCCUCCCUUAACCCUCUGCCUCUCUGCUCUGUGCCCACUUAUGUGUCCCCCCUGGCAGCUUUGGUCCCCUUCCUGGUGAGUCCGCUGAGCCCUCUCAGUCCAUCAGAGUGGCCGUUUUCACUGACCAGUCACUUCUUUCCAUCCGCCGUUGUGUUGUUUUGGCUGGUACCUGACCCUUGCUGGAGAGAAACAAGCAGACCCAGGAGCCAGGCUUGCUUACGGGACAAUUGAGGAAGGAUCGAGAAAUUCCUAGGGAAGGAUAGACCUUCUAAGUCUAGAGAGAACUUGUUUUUCAGCUUUAGAGAGGACUGCAGGUAGGGCAUGAGGCCCAGGCUCACAGACAGUGUCUUGGAGGUUACCCGAACCUGAAAGAAAGAGAAGUAAGCCUUGGUCACUUUGGGCUGUUCGGUAAAUGGGCCCAGUUGGUUGGCUCACUGGGGGCUUCGUGGCAUGAAGCCACGAAUGUCACAGCAUUUUCUGUUGUGUCAGCAAAUGCCACGAUUCUUAUCUUCUCCAACCCUGCCCCAGCUGCCCACCGCUAUCUUUUUAAUAAUUUGGACUUUCGGGUCUGCACAGUUUGUCCGCUGUCGCUCAGACUCCAGACUCGUGUUGAGUUGCUCCACUGGAUAUUUACAAAGUGCCCAGACCUCAUUCCUGUAGGGGAGCACAUCACCCGUACCUGGGCUCCAGAAUCCCAGGCAGGCUCUGACAGCCAGUAGCUUCUGGGAGGACAUUUCAUUUCCAGGCUCUAGAAAUCCCCUGUGGCAGAAGUCGCACUGAACUUCCCUAUUUCAUGAUUCCAUUUUAUCUCUCAGAACCAGUCCUCCUAUCCUGCAAAUGGGAAAUUAAGUUGUAGGCAGCAAAUACCUAGACCUUUCCUGUCAUUCCUACUGAUUUUAACAUCCCUAAGACCCGCGGUUUGGGGACUGGAGCUGCUUCUGAGCCUACUGCUGUCAGCAGCAGCAUUGGUGUGGAAUAGGGAAACAGGAAACCUAGCAGCCAGGUUUGCUUACAAUCACGUGGACCUGUAUCAUUUUUGUUAUUUGGGGUGGAAAAUUGAGAUGAUCAAGUUCUUUUUUUUUUUUUUCUUCACUUAGAAAAGCAAAUAUUGUGCUUUUUGCAAUAAAUGCCUUUCCAGCAAAAUAAUGGAGGGUCACUCAUCCAGCGGGGACCCACCUGAGUCCCAGUGCUGACUCGUCAAGGUCAGCCAUCUGUGAGCAAAAGUGGCCCUAAUCAGCCCCAAAUGGGUAAGAUUUGCUGGAUCUUGGGCAGGGCCAAGCCUGUCCCCCCACUUCUCUUCACACUGAUCUCUGCACACACUGAUUUCCGUCCAAAGCAAAGCUGAUGUCCCAUAGCCUUACUAAGAAGGUUUUUGUACUUUAAAAAAACAAAACGAUGACUUCUUAAAAAUAGUAAAAUCUGAAGUAGUAGACAGUAGUAGUAAGGAAAUUUCGCUUGGGUAAGUGACUGUCAUGGUGUCUUCAUGCAGUGACGGCUGCAGUUUGCUAAAAGCCAAGGGAGGAAGAGGAGGCAAGUCUUGUCUUCACAAGAGGGGCUGACAGACGGGACCCCCAGCCUUCUGAACAAGAGAUCACUCAGAUCCACAGACCAUGCAAAUCACGUCUUCCUGACCUUCCUCCCAGUGUGGCAGCCUGCGCUUCCCUUCCAGGUCCGUCUGUAUCGUCUGGAAGCUGGAGCUCAACUUACUGUGACGUCUCACAUUGGACUGCGUCGUGUCUGUAUCUACUGGAGGGAAAUUCGACAUGAAACAACCACUGUUCUAGCUGCACUCAGUACCUGUGUAUGAUAUACACAUUAAGUGAAUGUUUUCUUAGGAGUUCAGGUCGACAACAUUUAGUUUAUGUAAAUAAGAAAGAGAAACCGAUAAAUAUGGGGAAUUAAGUUAUAGGAUGUCAUUUGCUCUUUAUUUUGCUCUCUCUUAUUUAAUUGCCUCAUGCCCCACAUCUGGGUUUAGGCCUCGGUGGGCUGGACCCCUUCAUACAGUCCGCCCUUGCAGGCGUGUGCCUACCCGGAAAAGCACACAGCUCCGCUGAUGACUGCCGCUCGACUCUCCAGUCUACCCACCUCUCUUUCAUUCUGAUUUACUGUGAUGAUUUAAUAAAGUAGAAACACAGCACUUAGGUGCAUGUUUCUUUCGUUUUCAUUAUAGUUUCUAGGAAAAUAAAGUUUAUCCUGGCAUCUCACAAAA